CUCCCAAUGAACACAAACGAUUUGUAGUUAUCUGUACUCGGUCAUGUCUCUACAGUAAAUGUCAUUAAUUAUUGACAAUGUCUAUUAUAAUUAAAGUAACAUUGGCGAUAUUGAUAUACUGCGCGGGUUGCGAAGCGGCGAAGUGUGAUGGCAAAACUUGUGCACAAUGUAUUAGCGAAUCAGUUGAAUGCGUCUGGUGUCCUGCCGCAGCUCAUACUGGACCAAGAUGCCAAUCAAGUAACAAGUUGCACCCCUCCUGGUGUAGUGAAAAAGUGGAUAGCCCAAUGAGUAACAAACCGAAAGAGAUUUUGAGGAAUGAUUCAAUCACGGCAGACCCAAAAAAAGUAGUUCAGGUGGCUCCUCAAGAACUUAAAAUAUCUGUUCGACCUGGACAAACUGAAACAUUCACUAUUAAAUAUAAACCAGCGAAAGACUAUCCAUUAGACGUUUAUUAUCUUAUGGAUGCUUCUUAUACAAUGAGAAAUACAUUGAAAUUGUUAAAAGAACAAGGAGAACAAAUUUAUAAAAGAUUAAAUAAGUUUACUAAUAACGUAAGAUUAGGAGUCGGCACUUUUAUAGAGAAGCCGGCUUUGCCAUUUGCAGAUCCCAACAUCCACUACGCUUAUUCCUUCAAGCACCAUCUUAAUCUCACUACGCAAAGAGACAGCUUCGAGAAAGUCCUUAAAAAUGUUAGGACCGGAGCUAACUUCGAGGCUCCAGAAGCUGGUCUCGAUGCCUUGAUGCAAGUUAUGGCCUGCAAAGAAGAAAUAGGCUGGAGAAAAGAUUCAAGAAAAAUCAUAGUACUGUGCACCGAUGCCACGUAUCAUAGCGCCGGUGAUGGAAAAAUAGUCGGAGCGGCAAAACUCAACGACAUGGAGUGCCAUCUCAACGAAUAUGGAACUAACGCAGUAGAACUAGAACAAGACUAUCCCUCAGUUAACCAAAUACGAAAAAUUGCCAAAAGAGAAAAUAUUAUUGUUAUUUUUAACGUUAAAAAUCGUGUGAUACCUGAAUAUAAAGCUUUAGCAGAACGACUUGAUACAGGAGCAGAAGUGAUUGAGUUGAAAGAAAAAUCUAAUAUCGUUGAAACAAUUGCUGGAGUAUAUAUGAGGAAACUAGAUAACGUAAAAAUGGGCAUCUCGAAACCGGACAAUGUCCGAGUCAGCCUGAAACCGGAUUGUACCAUCCAAGAUACUUGCCAAGUGGCGCACGGCAAUGAUACCCUCAUCCAAGUGUCAGUCACUACCGACGCUUGCUUGGCCAAGGGCAAGAGUAAUAUAAUCACGAUCAAGCCUGAUGGCCUGCCCGAGACUGUGAAGAUUAAUAUUCAAACUGUAUGCGAAUGUGAUUGCGAGAAAAGGCCGAAACCGAACGCGAUAGAGUGCAGCAGUAGCGGGAGCUUAGUGUGUGGAAUUUGUGAAUGUAAUCCCAACCGUUUUGGGGACACGUGCGACUGCAUCGGAAGUUCCACAAAGCAUUCCGACAAAUGCAAAGCACAUCCUGAGGACACGGUCUUAUGCAGCGGUAUUGACAGAGGUUCCUGCAGCUGCGGCAAAUGCACCUGUAACCAGUUCUACUCCGGUGACUUCUGCGAGUACGACGAGCGAGCGUGCCCCAAGCGUGCCCCUCCGAAGGGGCACGGCCUUCCCCUCACGUGCUCAGGGCACGGCAAGUGCGUCAAGGAGAAAUGCGAGUGUUCUCAGGACUACUCGGGGGACGCGUGUCAGUGCCCCCUGAGAGAUGACGACUGUCGGGCCCCUUAUUCGGAAAAAGUUUGCUCCGGCAACGGCAUAUGCCAAUGUGGCGAAUGUAACUGCACCACAUUAGAUUCCCAGGGCAAUCUUUACCACGGUGCGUUCUGCGAAAAUUGUCACGACUGCGACGGAAAUAGGUGCAAAGAGCUAGAAAAAUACGUUUUAUGCGUUUACUCUAACGAGACAACGAAAGAGGCUUGCGAUGAAAAGUUCCAGUCGAAAGAUACUUACGUCUUUUUCGUGAAUAAAACGGAAAUAAAUGAACCGAAGUAUCAUUUGGCGAAACGCUGCACAAUACUCCGGGAUGAUGGGAAAUCUAUAAUUUUUAAGCAUCGAUAUUAUAAAAAAGAUAAGAAUUUGCAUAUUAUCAUUCAGAAGGAGUUGGAGGAACCCGACCGUGCAAAUAUGUGGAUUGCCAUAGGCAGCGCAAUCGGCGCCAUCAUCCUCAUCGGUCUCCUAACCGCGAUCAUCUGGAAGGUGGCAGUAGACAUUUACGACGCGCGAGAGUACAAGCGCUUCAACAAGUUGCUCGACGAGUCGGGCGACGCAGUCAACGUCAACGAAAUCUACAAGGCACCUACGGCUAACUUCACUAACCCCAUGUUUAAACGGCUAUCGCGCGUGACGAGUAUGGUAAAAUAAAUAAAUGUAUUUUCACCACACCAA